AAUUAUAAGAAAUGGCCGAUGCUGAGGAUAUUCAACCUCUUGUGUGCGACAAUGGAACCGGAAUGGUCAAGGCUGGAUUUGCUGGCGAUGAUGCACCAAGGGCAGUGUUUCCCAGUAUUGUAGGCCGACCUCGCCACACAGGUGUUAUGGUUGGGAUGGGCCAGAAAGAUGCUUAUGUUGGUGACGAAGCACAGUCCAAGAGAGGUAUCCUCACCUUGAAAUAUCCAAUUGAGCAUGGAAUUGUUAGCAACUGGGAUGACAUGGAAAAGAUCUGGCACCAUACGUUCUACAAUGAACUCCGUGUUGCUCCUGAGGAGCACCCUAUACUACUCACUGAAGCCCCUCUCAACCCAAAGGCAAACAGAGAGAAGAUGACCCAGAUUAUGUUUGAGACUUUUAAUGUGCCAGCUAUGUAUGUUGCCAUUCAGGCAGUCCUUUCUCUCUAUGCCAGUGGCCGAACAACUGGUAUCGUGCUUGAUUCUGGUGAUGGUGUGAGCCAUACUGUCCCUAUUUAUGAAGGAUAUGCUUUACCUCAUGCCAUUCUUCGUUUGGAUCUUGCUGGUCGUGAUCUUACUGAUUGCCUGAUGAAGAUCCUUACAGAGAGAGGUUAUUCUUUCACCACCACUGCAGAACGGGAAAUUGUAAGGGACAUCAAGGAGAAACUUGCCUAUGUUGCUCUUGAUUACGAACAGGAGUUGGAGACUGCCAAGACUAGCUCAGCUGUCGAGAAAAGUUAUGAACUUCCUGAUGGGCAGGUCAUCACAAUUGGGGCCGAAAGGUUCAGGUGCCCAGAGGUCCUCUUCCAGCCAUCCUUGAUCGGCAUGGAAGCUGCUGGAAUUCAUGAGACGACAUACAACUCCAUUAUGAAGUGUGAUGUGGAUAUUAGGAAAGAUCUGUAUGGCAACAUUGUGCUUAGUGGUGGGUCAACAAUGUUCCCUGGUAUCGCAGAUCGUAUGAGCAAGGAGAUUACAGCACUUGCACCAAGCAGCAUGAAGAUAAAGGUGGUUGCCCCACCUGAGCGGAAAUACAGUGUCUGGAUAGGAGGCUCCAUCCUUGCCUCUCUCAGUACUUUCCAGCAGAUGUGGAUUACCAAGGGAGAGUAUGAGGAAUCUGGUCCAGCAAUUGUCCACCGGAAGUGCUUCUAAGCUUGUUACCUGCUUCUUUGAGGGAGUGUUUCACGCAUGUUCUUGUGGUCUUUGGUUUGGUUCAAAUCAUGAUUUUGCUGAGUAGUGUCACAACUGAUUUGAGACACCUAUGUACUCUUGAGUUGGGCUGAUAGAAAGCUCUCUUGUCAGGUGUUGGUUCAACAGGGAGGCCGCGUUUGUAUUUGCAGUGGUUGAAGCAGUAUGUAUCAAAUGUUUGUUUCUUUGUAUCCAUAUGAAUCUAGUAAGGUUGUAAUCCGGUUGCAGUUUUCAAGUGUUCUAUGCCCUUGUUUGGGGACUUAUCCUGAGGUUCACCUUGUAGCUAAAUUCUUGUACGAGGAUGUUUCUUGGUUUUUCUGCCA